UGUUUUCUGUUGUUCACAUUCAGUUUCGUUCCGGAAGUCAUACAUAGUGCAAGCUUCGCUGAUUAACAAAACUUAAUUCGUUAAAAGUAAAUAAAUACCAAUAAUAAAAUGACUUUGCAAUUACAAAUUGAAAAGCUCAAAGGACUCGAUAAUUAUAAAGCUUGGUCAAUGACAGUACGAGCCUAUUUAGAGUCCGAAGAUUUAUGGACGGUUGUGGAAAAUGGCCCCGAAAAUAAUGAAGAGUCCCUACUCAAAGACAAACGAGCUAAAUUCAUCAUUUUGUGUUUAAUCGAGACGAAGCUUUGCCAAUUUAUGGUGAGCAUCCGCACAGCCCGUGACUUAUGGACCUAUUUGAGAACACAACAUUCUCUUCGUUAAAGCCAAAUACACUGGAACAGACCCAAAACAAAUGGAUUAAUAAUUGAAUUAUAGGUAUACUUUCUAUAAUAAUUUAGAGAUAUGUGAUAGCAUUAGUCUUAUUAUUGUCAUAGUGAUAAAAAGAGAGUAAAAACACUUUUAAUUUUCUUAACACAACUACAUAUGUAUAUGAUGUACUGUUGUUACAAAAAUAAUAAUAAACCUUAAUGACAAUUAAUACGAAUAAAGAUAGCGAAUAAA